AUGGCAUUCCCGAACAUCUCCGAGCUUGCUACCAAAUGCACCUUCACCCCGAAUCAUGAGAAACAAAUGGUUGACCUCGUUAUCAAGAAUGAAAGUGGCUUGACAAUCAUCACAAAACUCAAGUCAAAUCGUCCCAAGCACUACAAGAUGAAGCCGGUGUUCGCUUUGUUGAGGUCCGGCGAGAAAAAAAUCAGUGAAACUCGUCUUCAAGGGAUUCCCCAAAGGCGGACAUUCGAGACCAUCGAAGCGCGAUCACUUCUCGUCCCUUUCGACUCAGGGUGUCUACAAGAAGGGAAUCAAGAUCAAGUCCGCCGGCUUCAACGAGAAGGACCCGAGAUGCCCACUCAACCGGAGCUCGUCCUCGACAAGGCCCAACUCGCCAAGAUCCUUAGGGGGCAGAAGAGACCAUCAGGACCUCCCGUCGGCGCUCUUCCUCCAGAUGGACUACCAGGAGCCGGUGGACAGCCAGAGGAAGAGGGACCCGUUGUUAAUCUCGUCUACAAAAAAGCG